AUGUCAGAAGGAAAGAAAAAAGCUUUGUUUAUUUGUCUCGGAAAUAUUUGUCGCUCUCCUAUAGCAGAAGGUGUAUUCCAAAAAACUGUAAAUGACAUGAAUUUAGGUGAUCAAUGGGAAAUUGACAGUGCAGCUAUUGGAGGUUGGCAUGUAGGUAACCCGCCAGACUGGCGAGCAUUGGAUACUAUGAAAAAGCAUAAUGUUCCCUACAACAAUCACGCAAGGCAGAUAGUUUCAGAGGACUUUAAUCAUUAUGAUUACAUAUUCGGUAUGGAUGAAGCUAAUAUGAGAGAUCUUAACAAAAGGGCGCCCAAAGGAAGCAAAGCUAAACUUCUUCUCUUUGGAGAAUUUGAUCCUGAGGGUGAUAGAAUUAUAAGGGAUCCAUACUAUGAUAGCGAUGCAAAAGGAUUUGAAAAGUGUUACCAGCAAUCCCUUAGAUGUUCUAAAGGUUUUCUCGAUAGCUUAAAACAGUAA